AUGUCUGAUAGUGUUGUCGAGGAUGGCUCAGUACCCGAGCAGGAGGCGAGGUCUGAUAGUGUUGUCGAGGAUGGCUUAGUACCCGAGCCAGAUGCGAGGUCUGGUAGUGUUGUCGAGGAUGACAUAGUACCCGAGCAGGAGGCGAGGAGGCGAGGUCUGAUAGUGUUGUUGAGGGAUGACAUAGUAUCCGAGCAGGAGGCGAGGUCUGAUAGUGUUGUUGAGGAUGGCUUAGUACCCGAGCAGGAGGCGAGGUCUGGUAGUGUUGUCGAGGAUGGCUUAGUACCCGAGCAGGAGGCGAGGUCUGGUAGUGUUGUCGAGGAUGACAUAGUACCCGAGCAGGAGGCGAGGUCUGGUAGUGUUGUCGAGGAUGGCUUAGUACCCGAGCAGGAGGCGAGGUCUGAUAGUGUUGUCGAGGAUGGCUUAGUACCCGAGCAGAAGGCGAGGUCUGGUAGUGUUGUCGAGGAUGGCUUAGUAUCCGAGCAGGAGGCGAGGUCUGAUAGUGUUGUCGAGGAUGGCUUAGUACCCGAGCAGGAGGCGAGGCCUAGUAGUGUUGUCGAGGAUGGCUUAGUACCCGAGCAGGAGGCGAGGUCUGAUAGUGUUGUCGAGGAUGACUUAGUACCCGAGCAGGAGGAGGCGAAGUCUGGUAGUGUUGUCGAGGAUGGCUUAGUACCCGAGCAGGAGGCGAGGUCUGGUAGUGUUGUCGAGGAUGGCUUAGUACCCGAGCAGGAGGCGAGGUCUGGUAGUGUUGUCGAGGAUGGCUUAGUACCCGAGCAGGAGGCGAGGUCUGGUAGUGUUGUCGAGGAUGACAUAGUACCCGAGCAGGAGGCGAGGUCUGUUGUGUUGUCGAGGAUGACAUAG